GAAAAGAGGGUAUAGCAGAGUGAUGUCGAAAAUAAUAAUUCGCCUUGACGUGAAAGUCAUUUUAUAUUUUUAUUCCAAUUGGAAUUAUAUUCAAUAAUUAAGUCUUAACUCCAAAUAGAACGUAAUUUUAUAGUUUUCGCAAGAAGUAUAUUUUUCGUAAAUUUAUUAGCCAAACAAAGGAAACGUAAUCCAAUGUACAAAACCCGUCCAACAACCGAGAAAGCGAUUAAUUUGGCGAUAGUAUAAAAAUGAAUUCUAAAAGUGUGUAAAAUUCAAGUGCAAUCAAAAUAAAAAGCAAAAAUUCAACUCAACAAAAAAAAUGUGUCAAAGUAGAUAACACCUACAUAAAAUGAGAAUUGGAAGCAAUUUAUGCGUGUAAAGUGAAUUAUUUGUUGUAUUUUCGUAUCAUUGUUUUUUGGAACAUAGUUUUAUCAUUUCCUUUUAUCAUAAUUAAAUGCAAAACCAAAAGUUUUCAAUCAAAUGAACACUCGAGCAAGAGCUACAAGCAUAAAAUCAUUUUACUGUGCCAACUGAAUGGGAGUUUUAUGUGUGUAGUCAUACGUCAGACAUUGCAUCGUAACAUUGUUAUUCGUUCUGUGAUGACGAGUCCGUAGGCUAUGUCCUCAAAACAACACUAUAAAUCAUUUCUGUUAUGCGAUAAAAAUGCAAACAAAAAUAAUCAGCUAAAAUUGUGAGAUUUUCGGUGUUCGUCGGUUGGAAUGGAACUUUAAAACUGUGGUGCUCGUUCACAAAAAUAUUUACACAACCAAAGUUAUUUUAAUUUAAAAAACCCCGAUAAAAGACACCUUUAUUCUUAUACCUCUGUCGUUGGUAUUUCGGCCCGAUACAAAUACCGAUUUGUGAUAAAAUAAAUUUAGUUUUAAGUGAUUGAGAUACCCGUUCAAUUUGAAAAUUAGAUGAGAAAUGAGCUGGUUGGGAAAAAGUCCACUGCGCCAAAGUUUCAGCCGCACCAGUAAUCAACCAAUACGAACAAAUGAUUGUGAUCCACAGGCGUGUUACGACAGCUUUUGUAAGCACUGGCAACAGAUUUACGACAUUAUCUUAAAAGUUGAGCCAAUGAAACCGCCUACUCGCGAUGACGUAUUGGGUGUUGUGUCUCAUCUGGAUCAUAUGGUCACACUCUUGCUGGUCGAACUACAAAACUGCAAUAAAGUUAUAUUGUCGAGUAUGCAGCCACCUCCGGCUCCAUGUUUGGAAUAUCUGUUAAGCGAAAAUUUGCUAGAUAAACUGUACGAGUGGAGUAGUUCAACUGGAAGAUAUGCAAACGCAGUUCGAUUGGAGCAAUUAAAGCUUUACGAAUUGCUAGUGAGUCAUUCUCGACAUCAACUGUUGGUGCAUGAACCGUUUCUCCGACCGCUGCUAAAAAUUUUGGCAUCCAGUCAGGAUGAAAUAUUUCCACCGGACAUUGAGAAACGUCUUGUGAUAUUGUUGAAUCAACUCUGCGUGGUUCUUAUGCAAAACGUUCAUUUGUUGGAUUUAUUUUUCUUUUCAUCGUCACAGCAGGGACACGGUGGCACAAAUUUCCUCAUCUUUUCAUUAUUGAUACCAUACGUUCACCGUGAUGGAUCCAUUGGACAUCAAGCACGGGAUGCGCUAUUACUCUGCAUGUCAUUAUCGCAAAAGAAUGAAAACGUUGGCACUUACAUCGCACAAUACUCGUCAAUGUGUCCGGUUCUGGUGAUGGGACUCGGUGGACUGUACUCAUCCUUGCCGAAUGCUAUUGACAUCACGGCCAUCGAUUGGCAUCGCAUAACGACGGACGAUGUGGCUGACAUACCCGAAUUGACAAAGUUUAUGAAUUUGUUGGAAUUCUGUAAUGCAUGCGUUCAAGUGGCACACGAACUGAUCAAAACGCAAUUGUUGGACUUUAUGUACACCGGAUUUAUUGUGGGUGUGUUGGGACCAGCCAUUUUACAGAAUAACGCCGACUCCCAAAUAUCCGCGAUGGCCUAUUUCGAUUUGAUUCUGCGGUCUGUCACGGAUCCAGGACUAUUAAGCGUUUUUGUUCGUUUCUUGCUGGACACGGAAAAGUUUGAUGGUCAACGAAUGUUGGACGUGCUGGUGGAACGGAUUAGUUCGGUGGAUACGCGAUUGUGUUUGGUCACACUGUCGCUGUUCGACACAUUGCUGUCACUACAUAGCGAGGAAAUAAUGAUGGAAUUGCUGUUAAAAUUCCUAAUACCCUGCAAGCAUAUCCCAAUCAGUCACCGGCACAAAGUGAAUCGUAUCGACGCGUACACAAAUUCGGUGGAAUUCUUUUUGGACCUGUCGCCGGAAGUGAUGAAACAUGCCGCCCAGAAUGCACUAAUUGAAACACAACAGCACAGUUCCAUGACAAAAACAAUCGGCGCUAAUUGGAACCAUUACGGGUAUUACGGCGGCGAGUCGCUGUAUUCCAAUUAUCAUGCAUAUCUAUUCGAUGCACGGCAUAAGAUAUCAAUUUGUCAACGAUCGUGCCAGAAGUGGUCCAGGACGUACAAGCUCGAAAAUCAUGCAACGAACAAACGAACGGAAAAGACAAUGGAACUGAUACGGAGUUUUUUGAACGAAUUUAGCAAUGAGAACGGAGAUAGCGACAGGAGUAAGCAGCUGGAUAGUUUACAAUCGCUGGGUGAAAGUAGUGGCUACGAAAGUUUUAAAUAUCGGCCCGAGGAUGACUCGGAUGAACGAACUGCCGAAGCGGAUAGUAGUAACUAUGGUGAGACGAUGCGAAGAUCAGAGAGUUGGAAGUUGUCGAGUCGUAAACACGAACCGGAAAUUGAAUUUGAUUUUUCCGAAGAUUUAUUUACACAGGGGACGGUUAGCUUAGGUCCUUUCAUAAGCUCAAUAUGGGGAAAAUUACAGACCUUCACAAGCAAUUGCUUGUAUGUGAAUUUACAUUUGACCGGGUUGAUUACUCGUCUUGCUUGGUAUCCACUUCCGCUUACACAUUCAAUCCUACUGCGACCUGAUAUACCGACAACUUCGGAUACACCAUCAUUUCAUCAGCUGCUGAAAAUCUUAAAGCAGCAAAUCGACGCUGAACUACCAGUUAGUGAAGAAUCACUAGAAUUGGUCGACAACAAUCGCUUUGAGCUCAUCGAAAGGGAACAGCGUUUAGUGAAUGCCCGGAAAAAUGCAAUAACCACGAAUAUUUCGGCCACGACUCCGCUUCAACUGACACCGGGUUCGCAAUACGAUCCGUUUAAACGAGGCGACACGAAACGAAAAAGUUUUUCCAGUUCACUAUCAAAUAUGUUCAAGCGAGCACCGAACAGUUCAGCUACAUCUGGGUUAGCGCAAAUAUUCGAACUCUUCACUGGAGCUGCUUCUCACAUUAGCAUUCCUCUGCGAGAAACUAAUCCAUCGUCAGAACCAACAUCAUUGGACUCAACACAUUCAUCGUCGUCUACGGUCAUGGGCUCGUUGUCGAGUAAUUCGACCAGUAAUGGCAUCAAUGGGAGCAACGAACGUCAACGUGAUUUAGCACUGUGCGCUGUUAUACUCGACGAGUGGCUGAAAGAAUUGUCGGCAAUAUCACAGGAACAAAGUAUUGUUAUGUUAACAGAUCCGACACUUAACUGUUUAUAGUUUUUUGUUUUAAAAAUAGUUUCUGUUUUAUUUAUUUUACCUUUACUCUCUUCUCUGGUCACUCAGACUCAAAUUAAUUAUCAUAGUUUACAUGCACAACAAAGAGCUCAUCAGAAUAUAUCUAGAUAAUUUUUUGUAGAAACACCAUUAAAAGUGAAAAGAUUUUUUAUUUUCUGUUAAAUAAUUUUUUUUCUUUGUAAAAUGUUUAUUAAAAAAAAAAUUUCAAUUAAAAUGAAUUCAAAUUUCGGAGUGUCCGAAUGUGGAAAAAUGGUCGACUGCUAAAUUCAACAACAAGUUUCUUACCAUAGAAAAUACAAAAUUUGUGCAACGCAUUUUUGUAAUUUAUCGAAAUGAAAAACUUAUUUUUAUCAAACA